ACUGGAAACUACGACAAAGCUUUAGAGUUUUGCGAAAAAGCUCUGGAAAUUCGAAAACAAUCGUUAGGUCCAAAUCAUGUUGAUGUCGCAUCGUCUUUGAACAAUCUUGGUGUGUUGUUUGAUAUAACUGGGCAACACGACAAAGAGAAAAAUUAUAAUGAAGAAGCUCUAGGAGUUCGAGAUUUGAAGUUGCUAGAAAUCACAAGUGGUGACGAUGCUAAUUCUAAAGAUGUCGGAAAUUCUCCUGGUGUUGAAAAUACAAAACAAGAAACCACAACUGGUGAUGAUUUUAUUGCCGAAGAUGUUGUAAUUUCUCCUGGUGUUGAAAAGACAAAACAAGAAAUCACAAGUGGUGACAAUGCUAAUUCUAAAGAUGUCGGAAAUUCUCCUGGUGUUGAAAAUACAAAACAAGAAACCACAACUGGUGAUGAUUUUAUUGCCGAAGAUGUUGUAAUUUCUCAUGGUGUUGAAAAGACAAAACAAGACUUGAUUUUGCAAGAGUGGAAAUACAUUGAUGAAUCAACGAAACAUCGAGAAUUGUUUUUAAAAUUGAUUGAAUAUGGACGCAAUUCCAGUGUUAAUGUCAAAGUGGUGGGCAAUGUGCGAGUAAUUUUCUCAGAAGAGUUUCGCAUUGGCAAAGGAAGUGAUGCAACCCGUGUUUUUCUUGGACUGGGUAAGGAUGGUUACGGUAAAGCAGUGAAACGAAUACAUCGAGAUAGCUACAUCCAGCUUGCGCUGCACGAAAAAGAAAUUUUGAAUAAAUUCAACGCAAGAAAGUCAAAAUAUGUUGUGAAUUAUACUUUCCUAGAGGAAGAGACUGGAACUGAAUAUGUAUAUUUGAUAUUAGACUUAUGUGAAGAAUCAUUGGAGAAUUUCAUAGAAUCUUCUACUUUACAUGAUCUUCAAAAAGCUCUUCCCGAAAUUCUUAGACAAAUUUUGCAAGGAUUAGCAGAUCUUCAUAGCGGCCCAAAUCCUAUUCUUCAUCGUGAUUUAAAGCCCUCCAAUGUUCUCCGAGACUCACAAGACAACUUUCUCAUAGCUGAUUUUGGCAUUAGUCGAAUGUUGAAUAAUGAUUGUACGACACAUGAAAGCAAGCCUAACAUGGGAACUGAGUAUUGGAUUGCUCCUGAAUCAUAUUGUGAAGAUAAAGAUACUGUCGAUAAAGGACGGUACAAGAAAGAGUCUGACGUAUAUAAUGCAGGAAUGGUAACUUAUUAUAUUGCAACAAAAGGAAAACACCCGUUUGGAACUAAACCGUAUAGACUGAUGAACAUGUUGAAUGGAAACCUUGUUGGCUUGGACGAAAUCAAGGAUGAAGCACUGAAAGACCUUUUGUUGUGGAUGUUAAACCGAGAACCCGAAGACAGGCCAUCGGCUAACGAGGCGUUAACACAUCCAUUUCUUAUGUCGGAUGAGGAGAAAUUUGACUUAUUAUGUAAAGUUGGAAAUCUUCAGCAGAUUAAGACAAAUGAUCCCCUGUGUAGUGUCGUUCAACAAUUGAAUAGUGAAUCCUCAGAUUGGAAAAGUAAAAUAGACAGUGAUGUUUAUGAUUAUUUUAGAACGGACGUGGUUACUGGAAAUAUUUUUACAUAUGACUCUUCAUGGACAGAAUGUUUACGACUUAUUCGAAACAUUAACCAACAUUGGAACGAUCGACCACGGCCAAAACCUCAACCAGAACCAUUUUAUAAGAUUGGCAAUCACAAGGCGUAUAUUCUCAAAAAAUUCCCUAAUCUCCCUGUUCGAGUGCAUGCUACUGUGAGGUCCAAUGAAGAAUUGAAAAACAAUCCAGAACUCAAGAACUUUUUCAAUUUCAGUGAAAGGAGACCACAUCAAGAAUAAACAGUUUUUAAACAGUAAAAACAGUUUGUGAAAAGGCAAGUGAACAUGAAAUAUACCGUGUAAAAUAACAUUUACUCAGAUUGGAAAAGACAAAUAAAUUUUUUACGGAUAUCACUA